AUGCCCAGAGCUGUGGGCUAUACGCCAGCUUGGCUAUCGAAACCAAACCCAGGCCAUGAGAUUUUUACUGCGAGAGCCGCAAACGCUCCGGGCACUCAAAUACCCUCUUCGAAUGGAUUCAGCACGAGUCGAAAGGGUAACUCAAAGCCCGGACCUCAUCGAACGAUUGCACGCCGGGGAACAGAGGUUUUCAUAGCUGUUGGAAAGGAAAUACGAUGGGCAGACCUUGUUUACCUCAAAGAAGCAUGGGAGGAAUCACAGCAAAAGGGAAAGACAGCGUCGAAAGACACACAAUACGAUGAGGAUCAUGCUCAAGGUUACAGAACUAUCAAAACCCAUGUAGGUGAAGAUAUUCGACAACUGAUCAUCUCCCCACAUGCGAACUACCUUGCGAUCCUCACUACACAUACGGUUCAUAUUGCUGUUCUACCAGACCCGUCGCAUCUUACCGCACCCGAUACUGGUCCCAUGCGGUUGAAAUCAUACACGCUAGGCCCAACAACCCAUAUCACAACCCAGCCCUCCAUAGCUUCAGCCUUGUGGCAUCCACUCGGAGUAAACGGGUCAUGUCUGGUGACAGUGACUGAAGAUGCUAUCGUACGCGUUUGGGAGCUAUCUACUGCUGAUCGCUGGAGUUUCGACCGACCUACUAUUGCUAUUGAUCUCAAAAAGCUAGCAGAUGGAACGUCCUUAGACCAAGACUUUGGCGCUUCUGUGACUGGGGGGAAUACAGCCUUUACACCCGAUUCGGUUGAGAUGGAGGUUGCUUCAGCAUGCUUCGGUGGCAACGGGAGUGGAGGAUGGGCCCCCAUGACUUUGUGGGUAGCGAUGAGGGAAGGCGAUGUAUACGCCCUUUGCCCACUUCUCCCGGACAAAUUCUCGCCGCCUCCAACUCUGAUACCGUCCUUAUCUAUCUCGAUUGUCGCAAAGGUUGCUGCCAUAGAAGAUGACAGAAGUAUCCCCGAUGCCGAGAAGAGGUUGGCCCAACAGCAACUAGCAUGGAUGUCCGAUCUAGACGUCCAGGAACCAAUGCAUGUUGAAGCACCUCUCGGUUACGCAGUAGCAGAGGUCUAUACUAGACCAACCAAGCCCGGCAAGGUUCCUAGGCUCCAGGGACCUUUCGACUUGGAGUUGGCUCCUGAUGAAUCAGAGGACGAGCUUGACAGUCUUUUGACAGACAUCCUUGUGGUUGGUGCACGAAUGGAUUCCGAACAACUGAUGUUUGGGGAAGAAGACGACAUUGAACUAGACGAGAUCGACGAAGGGGGCCUGUCCCUCAGUAUUGUCUGCCUGCUCACAAGCAGUGGACGACUUUCCAUAUGUCUAGAUUUGGAUGGUGUUCAAGCCCAAUGGCUCCCCACGAGCAGCAAAUCCAAACACUUCCGACUCGCAGAUGAGGCUGAUCCACCAUCACUCCUAACUUUCCAGGUUUUGGAUACUUCCCGGCACGAAGAAGUUUGGGAGGGAAAUUGGCCAAUGUUUAGUGAAGACGUUCACUCGCGAUACUCCUUUUACAUUACCGACACAUCUAGCGUUACGUUCAUAUCACUCUCGCCGUGGGUCGAUCGGUUGGAAUCCGAAUUUAGAGAUGGCACAGCUGGGACUGACUUCCGUAUCGACUUACUUGCUAAGGGGCAUGGGUCAAUUCGUGAGCGGGUUUAUACCCAGAAAGCCAAUGACCACUCAUCGCCUUUGAGUGCCAGUACACUCAUUCGUGACCCGGAUCUUGGGUAUUUCCUCCUCACUGCUACUCCAUAUGGACCCAUUGCGGUUACUUUCGAAACGCCAGAGGUUGAAGAAUUUGAACCGAUGGGUCGGUCUCGAUCGCCUACUUACGACCCAGAGCCUGACAAGCCAUUGAUCUUGUGUGAGCCGCGACCUGUAUACCAACCUGCACAUGCCCUUGAGGAGAACUCGGCGCUUCCAUCGUUCCUUGAGAAGCUGAGACACAGCAAGUACAAGAGAUUAUUGAAAGAGGAAAUCAAGUUAUCACCUGCAACCCUUACUAUAAUGACGGACGCACACAAGGUCCUCAGCGAGGAAACUCACCGUCUUGGAACCGCAGCCGCGGAGCUAUUUCGGAAAUGUGAGCGGUUGCAGAUUGAGCUACAAAGUCAUAUAAAGAAACUCAAUGAGGUGGCCGGUCGUGUGGAAGCUGUGACUAUGGAUGACGACUGUGAUGAUGGGCCGGUUAUUUCUACUAAUGAAGCCGUAGAGAAGCGGAUUCAAAAAGCAGCGAAACGGCAGGAAGAACUGGCCGAACGAAUUGAGAGGGUCAAACGAAAAGCUAGCAAGGGAACUAGCCGUGAAUUGACUGAUAGGGAAGCUGAGUGGUUUCAAGAGGUAACCAGCCUCCGAGAGAAAGUUCUUGGCGAAGGGGAAGGGGACGAGCUUUCACAGGGGAGAGCGAAGGAGCCGUGGGCACGAUAUGAAGAGGUCUCCCACUUGAAGGACGAGCUUCUAGAACAGGCGAAAGACCUAUCCGAAAUGGGGGAGAGUCCUACACCACCGAGUGUCAAGGUGCCAUCGGGAGUUAGGAAAGCUAAGGUGGCUCAGAUAAUGACGUUGUUGGAUCGCGAAUCGGCGCUGGUGGAAGGUGCAAAGAAUCGACUGGAGAAGCUGAGGGCAACAACGAACUUGGGUGCGACUCCUGUUAACCCAAAACCAACAAUAUCUUCGGCUUUGAACCGCAUCAUCAGAACUCCACCUUCAGCAGACCAUCCUAGCAAGGCUGAGGAGACGAUGGCACAGGCGACGAUGGAACAGCCGUUCGUCACUCUUUCAUCGGAAAGCAGCUCUGAGGGUAGCAAUGCAAAGUCCGUUGUUGCUGCUAUCCGGGCAUUCCCGAAUAGAUGGCAUGAUCAAUCAAGAUACCGAGAGGUCUCGGUCCUUCUAUUGCGAUGGGAAGAUGAUGAGAUGGGCGUCGAGUGGGAAGUUGAUGACCUCGAGAAGGUAUUCAUGUGUUAUGGAUACAACACGGAACGAUGGUUGAUCCCGACUAAAAGUGCACAUCUAGAACUCAUGGCUAGGGCACUUGACAUUGUGAAAAAGCAUAAUGAUCAAGGUGACUUACUGAUUGUGUACUACGCUGGUCAUGGCUUUAUAAACCCUGAUCGGAAGUCUACCUGGUGCUGUAAAUCAGACCCCUCUUACGCUUCGGUUGAAUGGUCCGCUAUCCAAACCAUCUUCGAACAAGCGAAUCUUGACGUUCUUUUAUUGUUUGAUUGCUGUGCCGCCGCAAGUGCAGCCCCAACGGCUGGAUCUGCCGUGACAGAGACGAUAGCCGCCUGCGGAUUCGAAAGUAUUGCUCCACAGCCCGGCCGCCACUCCUUCACCAACGCCUUGAUCGAGGUUCUUACAGAUUGGAAAAAUUCUGGUCCAUUCUCAGCUGCACAGCUUCACACUCAACUCCUCUUGGUGCUCAAGCAUGAAAAGCCGGAAGUAUCCCGCCGCGGUAAGAAAAUAAAACUCGAGUGCCGGAGAACCCCGAUCCAUAUACUUGCAGCAACAGAUCCUAGACAUCUGAGCAUCGAGCUUGGACGAAGGGUAACACUAGACAGCGAGAACGAACCACCGAUUGCAGGUAUACAAGAGUCUCCAUCAAAGGGCGAAGACCCAGGCCAAUCUACAUAUUCACCACUCAUUCCUACAGCAGUACAUGACAAAAAUGAAGAAUAUUACAAAUUGCCACGAGUCAUUAUAUCCUUGUCGCUGGAAACACACCAAACGUUGAACUCGGAUACUUGUGAAAGAUGGCUGUCCGCUUGCCCUACACUUGUAGAGUAUGCUACUGUGGAGGCUGUGUAUACCGGGUUUUCUGCUCUUGUUCUUUUAUCAGUUCCAAUAUGUAUAUGGGACUUGCUUGAGGAUGACCCUGCCUGCUCUUUUGUUGGAUAUGUCACAUCCACAAAUUUGCAUAACCGGUCCUACUAUUGGCUUGGGGAUGGUUCAGGCCAUAGUGCUCUCCAAUCUGCUUCUCGCCCUGGCAGGUAUACUAAGCGUUUUGAUGGCUCUAUUUCAGAGCGUGACAGCGCCCUUGGCUCCGAAUUCACUGAAAAUUCGCCAUGGACUCCUUUCACUUGGUUGCUAAGCCGCAACCAAGACGACUAUCUCAGGGGAUUAGCGGAGAGGCAAGAGUCUGGAGCGAUGGACUGGAAUAGGCAAUUAGCGGGGUUCCCUUCCCGAAAGAACCGUGCCGAAGCUGAGCUGGAAAGCAAGCAAGAUGAAGAUGAGCUGCAGAGGAGGCAAGAUGAAGCUAGGCUGAAAGCUGAGGAGUCAAAAAAGAAAUGGAGGCAAGGUAAAUAUGAAGAGCGUUACGGCGCCCUGUUCAAUGUUCGCCAUACAGAUACACCCCUAGAUGCCGAUGGGGGUGCAUAG